AGCCAGGCUGCGAAGCUUUCCUUCUUCUCUGUUGCUACUGCCUCCGUUUGAUUGAGAUUCAGUCUGGAUGUGGCUGCAGGUUCAUGGGGAGAUGGAGGUGCACCGGCGUGGUGGUUCUCAUCAUACUCUUGCUCUCGGUUGCUUCUCACGGAAGAGAGCUACCUAUCAAGAAGAGUGAUCAGAUUUUUGUCUACCAUCACACUCUUGCAAAGACUAUUGUGGAAUAUGCUUCAGUGGUGUAUAUGUCAGACUUAACUGCUCUUUAUACAUGGACAUGCUCGAGAUGCAAUGACUUGACUCAAGGCUUUGAGAUGAGAUCUCUAAUUGUUGGCGUGGGGAACUGCUUGCAGGCGUUUGUUGGUGUAGCUCAUAAUCUAAAUUCAAUUGUCGUUGCAAUCAGAGGAACUCAAGAGAACAGGUGUUCGAACAAGUUGUUCAAUGAAGCUUGGAAAUGUAUGCAUCUAAACUGUUUGUAAUCUGAACCUACAUGAGUAAUCAUACAACAGCGAAGCUUUCCUUGUUUAGUCAUAUUAUGUUUUAUUUGAUUUAUGAAAAUUUUGUUCUAUUA